AUAGUUAAAACAAAGUACCCGAUUUGAAAAGUUCAUUUCCGUAUGACUUGUUAUUUGAUUAGAAGAAUCCAUUGCGUAACGGCUGCUUGUUCCUAUUAAUUAAUCACUAUUUCCUUCACGUAAUUACCGGCGUCUCCGCCCAUUCUUUACGGCGCCAAAAUCCAAUCCAUGAGAUGACGUCAGCCGUCGCCGCCACAAACACUCCUACGUUCCGUACAGUUGUUAUUCCCUUUACUCAACUUAAAGAUAAAGAUGCUGAUUUGUCGGCGAAAAUUGAAGAAGGAUUUGGACCAGAUGGAUUGGGUAUAUUAUCGAUAUCUGAUGUUCCUGGAUACGCUUUGUUGAGACAAAACCUUCUGAAUCUUGCACCUAGGUUGGCGAACCUUCCUGAGAAGGUGAAGAAAGACCUGGAAGAUCCUCUAAGCAGAUAUAACUUUGGAUGGAGUCAUGGGAAAGAGAAACUCGAGUCAGGAAAACCAGAUCUGCUGAAAGGUUCCUUUUAUGCAAAUCCUAUAUUAGACAAGCCCACCACUGAGUCUUCACUUAUUCAACGGUACCCUGCAUACUGUGGAUCAAAUAUUUGGCCUCAAAAUAGUCUGCCUGAACUUGAAGCCGCUUUCAAAGUUCUUGGAAAGCUUAUUCUUGAUGUUGGUUUAUUGGUUGCAUAUCACUGUGAUAAAUAUGUGUCAGAUGCAAUAGACAUGCAACCCGAUGAAGGCAUCGAACAGAUUGUGUUUCGUUCCCGGUGUCAUAAAGGCCGUUUGCUAUAUUACUUUCCUGCUGAAGAAAGUAAUGAUCCUCAAGAUGGUGACUCCAUGUCAUCAUGGUGUGGCUGGCAUACGGAUCAUGGCUCUCUGACUGGUCUUACUUUUGGCAUGUUUACUAAAGGUGGCUCAAAAAUAUCUUGCCCAGAUAGUUCGGCUGGCCUUUACAUCAAAACAAGAGCAGGUCAAAUAGUCAAAGUGGUGUACGAGGAAGAUGAAAUUGCAUACCAAAUCGGCAACAUAACUGAAAUACUUUCAAGAGGGCGGCUUUGUGCAACACCUCAUUGUGUCCGCGCACCAAAAGGCAUAAAAGCAACAGGACUGGAACGAUCCACAUUUGCAUUAUUCAUGCAACCCGACUGGGAUGAAAAACUAAGUUUUCCAGAGACAGGUCACAUCCAUCAGGAGUUGAUCCAGGCCAAUGAAUCGCUUACAUUUGGUGAGUACACAGAGAAGCUUCUGGACAAGUAUUAUAAUCUGAAGAAGUAGCAGCAUUUGGGUACAGUUUAAUAAGCUCUUAUUAGAACUUGAAUUAUAGGAAGUGAAGCAAAGAGAAGUGCAAAAUCUAAGUAUGGAUCCCACCUGCUUUACAUGAUAUCACUGAAUGUAAAUAAAUACAGUAUGCUAGUUUUUUUUUUUACAGUUUCCAAAUGAAUGAAUCAUUACAUACGGAUGCACAGUACUAACUUUCUAUUUGGUCAAA